AGGCCGUACCUAAAGGCGCACGUGUUACGUUAUCGUGCAAUCGAUUUCAGGAGAUGCAAGUUUUGUUUAUGUUUUAGCACGUUAGAAACAUCUCCCAAAAUGUUCGUCAACGAGGUUAACGAUGUGAAGAUCUACAACCUGAGCGCUGGUAAAUCAGUGCCAGAUUGGCUCACAGAUCGCCGAAAGCGGUCGAAGCUGAUGAAAAAGGUGGACUCCCGGCGACAAAUAGAACUUAUUCAAGACUUUGAUAUGCCCGGCGUGUGCACCAGUAUCCGCAUGAGUCCCGACCAGCAGUACAUCCUGGCUACGGGCACCUACAAACCGCGUGUCAAGUGCUUUGAGGUCUCAAAUCUCUCGAUCAAAUUCGAGCGCUGCUUUGAUUCUGAAGUGACCACCUUCGAGGUGAUCAGUGAUGAUUAUAGCAAGAUGGUGUUUCUGCAGUGUGACCGCUACGUGGAGAUCCAUGCUGCCCACGGGAGACACUACAGGUUAAGAAUACCGCGCUUCGGGCGGGAUAUGAAGUAUCAUAAACCUAGUUGCGAUAUGUUCAUCGUGGGCGUGGGAAGGGACAUUUACCGGCUGAAUUUGGAACGUGGACAAUUCCUGCAACCCUUUGAAACGGACGGCAGCUGUCUGAAUGCCUGCGAAAUAAAUCCCGAGCACCAUCUCCUGGUGGCGGGCACCAAAGAGGGAACCGUGGAGGCCUGGGAUCCGCGUACCAAGCAGCGGUGUGCCUCCCUUGAUGUGGCCAUGAAGUUGCCCGGCGUCAAGGAGUUCCCCUCGGUCACGGCUCUUAAAUUCAGGAACGGCUUGCAUAUGGGUGUGGGAACUGCUUCGGGACACGUGUUGAUCUACGAUAUUCGCGCCAAGCAGCCGCUGCUGGUGAAGAACCACCUAAACAAACUGCCUAUUAAACGUUUGGCCUUCAACCCUGCCCAGAAUGCCGUCUACAGCUUGGACGAAGCAACGCUGAAAUUGUGGGACGAGCAGACUGGCAAGCAGAUCGCCUACGUCGAGUCCACAUCAUCGUUCAACGACUUUUGCACCAUCCCCGACACGGGGAUGUUCUUCGUGGCCCAGGAGGAUGUAAAGAUGCUGACUUACUAUGUGCCUGCCAUGGGACCAGCUCCUCGCUGGUGUUCCUUCCUGGACAACCUCACCGAGGAGAUCGAAUCGGAGGUGGUGGAGAAUGUCUACGAUGACUACCAGUUCGUCACAUCCAAGGAGCUGGCGGAAUUGGGCAUGGAGCAUCUCGUUGGCAGCAAUCUGCUUAAGGGUUAUAUGCAUGGAUACUUUAUGGACGCCAGACUGUACAACAAAGCCAAGGCUGUUGUGGAACCAUUUGCCUUUGAUCGCUUCCGCAAGGACAAGAUCCGCCAAGAAAUUGAGAGCGAGCGCAAGUCGCGUCUGCAAAUCGAGUCCAAGCUGCCGAAGGUCAACAAAGAGUUGGCUCUCAAGAUUAUGGACGAGCAGGCCAAUCCCUCGAACAGUAGCAAGCAACGCAACGUGCCCAAUUUGCUUGAGGACUCGCGUUUCAAGGCAAUGUUUGAGAACGCCGACUUUGAAGUCAACAAGUCCGCCGAGGAGUAUCGUCUAUUGGCUCCUGUUCUAAAUCGUCUGGAUAAAUCCAAGGCAAAGGAACUCAAGAAGCGCGUGGAAGUGGCUCAUGUGGCCGAGCUGCACGCCGAGGAGUCCCAGCAGCGUGAGGAGAGCGACAACGACGAAGAUCUGUUCGGUUUCGAAAAGAGCGAUGGCGAGGCGAAGGAUGAUAGCGGUGAUGAAGCCUCUUCCGACGAUGACGAUCGUAGGGAGUACGUUAAGGAAAUGAAGCAAGCGUACAAGCAGGUGAAACGACAGCGUGAAGAGGAAGAGGAACUUGAAGAAGACAAUGACGAGCAGCAGCAGGAUGAAACUAACGGAUUUGCAACAUCGCUUACAAAUGGAAAUACCCAAAAACCCACUGCCAAUGGAAACCACUUCACCAUGACCGCUUUGGAUCAGCAUCAGGGCAGCAGUCUGAUGCAGCAGCGGAUCAAGAAGGCUAGUCUUCAGGAUCGCGUAAAAGUCAUGUCGCAGCUUGAGAGCCAGGUUACCAAUGUGGGUCGCUCCCUUGGCAAUCGGCAGAUGACAUUCGAGGUGAACACAAAGAAAUCCCAGUUCCAUGCCAAGAAGCGUGAGGCGGAACUGAAAAAGCAUCGAGAGGAAAGAAGGAGUAUUGUGAGACCCAUAAAAUCGCUUAGAUUGAAGAAAGUUAACUUUAAGUAAAAACAAGUUGCAAUUAGUUGUGUACAUAAAUUCAUAUGUUAAUUGUAUGCUCAUUUAUUCCUGAGAA